AUGUCUUACAGAUGCAUCUGUGUUUGUUUAUUUUCAGAACUCCCGUCCUCAGAACACUUGAGCGUAGCAGAUGCAACAUGGCUAGCCCUUAACGUGGUCUCAGGAGGCGGAAGCUCGUCUAGCUCUCAACCAAUUGGAGUGACCAAAAUUGCCAAAUCGGUCAUUGCACCAUUGGCAGACCAGAACAUCUCCGUGUUUAUGCUGUCCACCUAUCAAACAGAUUUCAUAUUGGUACGUGAGCGGGAUUUGCCGUUUGUAAUGCACACGUUGGCAGCAGAAUUUACUAUAUUGCAGGUGGUGAAUGGAGAGACUGUGGCUGCUGAUAAUCUUGGAGUAACAAAUGGAUUUGUGAAACCCAAGCUUGUUCAGAGGCCUGUUAUUCAUCCACUUUCAAGUCCCAGCAAUAUGUUCUGCGUUACCAGCCUGGAUCCAUAUACACUUCCAACUGUGACUACACUCCUAAUGGAUGUUAUGUUUUACUCCAAUGGAGUAAAAGAUUCGGUGGUGGGCAGUGAAGAAUCUGGUCAUAUCCGCUUCUUCUCUUUUUCCCUCAUUGAGGGCUACAUUUCCUUGGUGAUGGAUGUACAGACACAGCAGAGGUUUCCUAAUAAUUUGCUGUUUACAAGUGCGUCGGGCGAGCUUUGGAAGAUGGUUCGUAUUGGCGGACAACCUCUUGGUUUUGAUGAAUGUGGGAUUGUUGCCCAGAUCUCAGAACCUUUAGCUGCUGCUGACAUACCUGCCUAUUAUAUCAGUACCUUUAAGUUUGACCAUGCACUGGUGAGUUUUUUUUUUAAACUUAUGAUGAUGGUAUAUUGUAACAGUUCUCUAUGUACCUUUUAUAAAAUGUACUUGGUUCUUGGUGAGUGA